AUGGGGAGCGCAGAGAUUAAAAAAGCUAAUAUUCCUAUCAUGGACACUGGCGAAAACCCAGAGGUGCCUUUUCCUCGUGACAUGAUUGACCUGGAGGCAAACUUUGAGAAAAUUGAAAACGAGCUUAAAGAAAUCAACACCAACCAGGAGGCUCUGAAGAAAAACUUCUUGGAGCUGACAGAAUUAAAAUUUAUACUGCGUAAAACUCAGCAGUUUUUUGAUGAGGCUGAAUUGCAUCAUCAGCAGAUGGCGGAUCCAGACCUGUUGGAAGAAUCCUCUUCACUGCUGGAGCCGAGUGAGAUGGGAAGAGGUGCCCCACUCCGACUUGGGUUCGUGGCUGGCGUGAUCAACCGCGAGCGCAUCCCCACGUUCGAGCGCAUGUUGUGGCGCGUGUGCCGCGGGAACGUGUUCCUGCGCCAGGCCGAGAUCGAGAACCCGCUGGAGGAUCCCGUCACGGGGGAUUAUGUGCACAAGUCUGUGUUUAUCAUCUUCUUCCAAGGUGACCAGCUGAAGAACAGAGUCAAGAAGAUCUGUGAAGGGUUCCGGGCCUCCCUCUAUCCAUGCCCAGAAACACCCCAGGAGCGGAAGGAAAUGGCUUCUGGUGUCAAUACCAGAAUUGAUGAUCUUCAGAUGGUGCUGAACCAAACAGAGGAUCAUCGCCAGAGGGUUUUGCAGGCAGCUGCUAAAAACAUCCGUGUCUGGUUCAUCAAAGUGCGGAAGAUGAAGGCGAUUUACCACACCCUGAACCUGUGCAACAUCGACGUGACACAGAAGUGCUUGAUUGCUGAAGUCUGGUGUCCUGUUGCUGACCUCGAUUCCAUCCAGUUUGCUCUCAGGAGGGGCACUGAGCACAGCGGAUCCACCGUCCCAUCUAUUUUAAACAGGAUGCAAACUAACCAGACCCCACCCACCUACAACAAAACAAAUAAGUUUACUUCUGGCUUUCAAAACAUUGUUGAUGCUUACGGCAUUGGGACAUAUCGGGAAAUAAAUCCAGCACCCUAUACCAUCAUCACCUUCCCAUUCCUGUUUGCUGUGAUGUUUGGGGAUUUUGGCCACGGAAUCCUGAUGACUCUGAUUGCUGUCUGGAUGGUGGUGAGGGAAAGCCGGAUUCUGUCCCAGAAGAGUGACAAUGAGAUGUUCAACAUGGUGUUCAGUGGUCGGUACAUCAUCCUGCUGAUGGGGCUGUUCUCCACAUACACAGGCCUCAUCUACAACGACUGCUUCUCCAAGUCCCUCAACAUGUUCGGUUCCUCGUGGAGCGUCCGGCCAAUGUUCACUAAAGGCAACUGGUCAGAUGCCUUGCUGGAGACCACCCCCCUGCUGCAGCUGGAUCCUGCUAUCCAGGGAGUGUUUGGUGGGCCCUACCCCUUUGGCAUUGACCCGAUCUGGAAUAUUGCCAGCAAUAAGCUGGCCUUCCUCAAUUCCUUCAAGAUGAAGAUGUCUGUGAUUCUUGGCAUUUUCCAGAUGCUCUUUGGUGUCGCGUUGAGUCUCCUCAACCACAUCUAUUUUAAGAAGCCACUGAACAUAUACCUUGGAUUUAUCCCAGAAAUGAUUUUCAUGUCCUCCCUCUUUGGAUACCUUGUUAUUCUCAUCUUUUACAAGUGGACAGCCUAUGAUGCUCACACAUCGAAGGAAGCACCGAGCCUCUUAAUACACUUUAUCAACAUGUUUCUGUUCUCCUAUGAGGAUACCAGUAAUAAGAUGCUUUAUAGUGGGCAGAAGGGGCUCCAGUGCUUCCUCGUGGUCGUGGCAUUGCUGUGUGUGCCGUGGAUGCUGGUAGCCAAACCCCUGGUCCUUCGCCAGCAGUAUUUAAGGAGAAAACACUUGGGCACGCACAACUUUGGUGGGAUCCGGGUGGGCAAUGGCCCAACGGAGGAGGAUGCUGAGAUCAUUCAACAUGACCAGUUAUCUACCCAUUCUGAGGAGGGGGAAGAGCCUACAGAGGACGAGGUGUUCGACUUCGGUGACACCGUGGUGUACCAGGCCAUCCACACCAUCGAGUACUGCCUGGGCUGCAUCUCCAACACCGCGUCCUACCUGCGGCUCUGGGCCCUCAGCCUGGCCCACGCACAGCUCUCGGAGGUGCUCUGGACCAUGGUGAUCCACAUUGGCCUCAGCGUGAGGAGCCUGGGGGGAGGCCUCGGCCUCUUCUUCAUCUUUGCUGCUUUUGCCACCCUGACAGUGGCCAUUCUGCUGGUCAUGGAGGGGCUCUCAGCCUUCCUCCAUGCUCUGCGUUUGCACUGGAUCGAGUUCCAGAACAAGUUCUACACUGGUACUGGGUUCAAGUUUCUCCCUUUCUCCUUUGACACCAUCCGUGAGGGGAGGUUUGAUGACUGAGCCCCCCCACACACACUCCAGCAGUGUUAAACACCGUGUGUGUGUGUGUGUGUGUGUGUAUGAAUGACUGACCCUCCCCUCCUUGUAUGUCUGAGUCGUGUGUAACCCCCCCCAUAGUGACAGUAACUUAUUGCAGCACUCUUGAGCGUUACCAUGGCAUCCCAAAGCCACGAGCUUUGAUGUUCUGGGGUAGCGGGUGACACUGGAUCACAGAAACUUUUUGUUCCUUAUGUUUACUCUCGAAGAUACCAAGUGCAUGAUGUGUCUGUUUGGUGUGCAGUUGUGUUGUGCAUUCCCUGUGUUGUGCAUUCCCUGGCAGCUGAUCAGGGCAGAAGAGAAAUGUAGCUGUGCUGAGGGGGCAAACCAGUACAUGGAGAAAAGACCUAAGAACCUCAGCUCCAGAAGAGCGAGGGCUGCUCCCCCUCAUGUUGCUGGAGGCUGUG